UUUGUGGCGGCGGGCGCGCAGAGAGCCGUCAGUCGACGUUCAGCCACCGCGGGAGAACCAGCGCAGCAGCAACCCAGCGCACCAGAAUGGGAGGCAUCACUCAGAGGCCAUGGACACCCACCAAGAGGCGAGGACCGAUCGCCGCGGAGUUCUCCGGUCCGGGACCGGCCUGCGUCACCUUACCCAACCUCAUCGGAGGUUCUGCUGUUCCUGAUUCUAAACGGGGACGUGCUCCAGCAUUCAGCUUUGGCAGCAGGCACAACAGCAAGAAUGACAGUGCAGGUCCUGGACCAGGCCAGUACAAUGUGACUGGUCUUAGUGCAAAAGGAAAGGACAGCCCUCCAGCUGCCACUCUUCAUGGGCGCCCCAAGGACCCACGCCAUGACAACACACCAGCUCCUGGUGAUUACAAUCCAGAAAAAUCAGAAAAAGUAGUUCUUGACAACUCCCCGAAGUACACUUUUGGUCUGAAAACUCAGGUUGAGAAGCCUAGCACUACUCCAGCUCCUAAUGUGUACAACAUUCCAACAGUGUUGGGUGCCACAAAGGAGGGUAACAAAAAGCAGGCUCCAGCAUUCACCAUUUCUGGGAGGCAGAAGGAACUUACUGAUGACCGUAUUCUUGUGCCAGGCCCAGGUACCUACAACGAUGCACGGGCAGAAAACUACAAAGCACGCUCUCCAGCAUACUCCAUCAGCUCACGUUACCAGCUACCGUCAGACUCAACACAAAAGCCAGGGCCAGGGGCACAUUCUCCAGAGAAGGUGAAGCUGGACACACUGCCAAACUACAGCUUUGGCAUCAAGCAUUCUCCUUACCUUGGGUACCUGAAGGGGCAGAUGGUGUAGAAAAUCCAACCAUGUGUGAUUUCAAAAUAAGAGGCCUUUCAUCUAUUUAUAUGUAUGACACUUCAAGGAAGCUACUGUACUGCAAAUAUUUUAGCUGUUGUUUUUUGGAGAACUAUUAAUUUAACAUGUGGAAUGAUAUUUUCAGCAAUACGACAAAUUUCAUUCUAUAAUGUGACUGAGAGUGAGCUUAUGUUUAGCAAGAUAGCUUAUAACAGCAAACAGUAUACAUUAAAUAUCAAUUGCAGUUUGCUUAGUUUAGCUAACCUGCUAUAAGUAGUAUCAUUCAAUAUUAAAGAAAUAUAUUCAUCUUUCCAAUUUGUUAUUCUAUAUACUUUGUCAUACAUAGUUAGAAGGGUGAAAUCCAUUCCUAAAUGUCUUUUACUGCAGUAGAACUCCACUACAGAACAGUAGUAAGGCAUGGCACUAAUGAGAUUAUUUGCAGGGAAGUCCUUUGGUUUCUUGCUAAAAUGCAAACAAGCACUUUUGACGUUCAAUAGAUACUGACAAAGCUUGCACACAAGAGCUGCUAUGAAUGACUCUAUUGCUAAAAUAUUUGUAAGUGGGCUAAGCACAUCAUUAGGAAAAAAUGUAUGGACUUCAUAAAUAAGUCUUUGAAAGUAUAUUUUUAUACAUGAACUUUUUGUCUACUAACUAUUAAUGAAGGAAAAUAUUUGUAAAAUGUGUGUACUUGGGUAAAAAUCAGGACAUAUUAAUAACUGUUCUGUUGCCACUGUUAUUUACACUGUGUUAAAUUUAAUGUUAUAUACACUGUUAUCUUGUAAUAUUGAUUGUCAUUUACAUUUCUCAUUUUACAUAGAAAUCAUCCAUCCAUUCUGAUUUAUCUACUGUAUUUGUUAUUGUAACAAGAUGAGGCUUCAGUAACACAAAUCCUAACGAGUCAGGAGAUCAAUUUUAAUACUUGCUGUGAAUUAGGUUUUGUUUUAUAACACUGCAGGUGAAGGACUUCUUGUCAAUGAAGAGUUCCUUUUGUUCAGAAUAUUCUGAUGGCUUGUUACUUAUAUAAUAUACUGUUAAGUUUUGCAUAUUGUUAUUGAUGUUUGUGACUAUAGGAAAGAUUAUGCCAAAAUGUGAUGCUCAUUUCUGUUAAUAACAAUAAAGUCAUUGCUAAAUUUCA